AAACAAAAAAAAAAAAAAAAAAUACUUUUACUCUUUCUUACAUUUUUCGCCAGUUUCUCGAAAGUUUGACCAUAAUUUCUAUUGGUUUCUCCCAUUUAAAUAUAUAAAAAAAAUGUCAGACCUGUAUGAUAUUACGGAAGUUAUAAUGGCUAGUGAUGAACUGGCUGCCGAAGAUACGAUGCCAAGUAGAAAAAGAUAUAAGUUUUCAAAUGAUUAUUAUGAAAGUCCAAGAAUAAGUACGCCACCGUUAAGGCAUCAUAACAUAAACAGAAUCUCUGACUCUUAUAAUUUUAGAAAAUCAACAAAUCAACAAAGCAGCUACAGAGUUAGGCUAGAAGAAAGUUUUCCUGAAGUUUCUGCAAUUUUUAAAUAUGAAAAAGACACCCGAUUAGAAGUGAUGGAAUGGUUAAGUAGAAAUAAUGAUAACAAUAAAAACGUUAUAUAUAUUAAUUCCGAAUCUAUAACGGCAGAAAAAUUAUACGAUUUAUGUGACAAACAUAUUUGGCUUUCUUCUGAUCAUAUAAAUGCCUACCUCUCUUAUUUGAAUUCGAAAUUUCAUCGUGUAUUUUCUCUUACAACAUUUUUUUAUACAAGGUUAACAGAAAUUGGCGGAUACAAAUAUUCUUCUAUCGAACAUUGGACAAAAAGGAUAGAAAUUUUUCAAAAAGAUAUUAUCUUUAUUCCAAUUAAUAUAAAUGAGUCACAUUGGAUCUUAGCCGCAAUAUUUAUGAAGGAACAGUUUAGAAUUGCUAUCUUGGAUUCACUAGGGAUGAUAACAACAGAAGGUGCCGUCAAUAUUGGGGGAAAUCUCAUCAGGUGGUUGAAUGACGAAUAUUUUCAUAAAAUUAGGUUGUGUAAGGGAGAUGCGUGUGUGAAAUAUAAAGUAAGGAAUGAAGAAUUUGGCUCGAACGUAGGUAAAUCUAAAAUAAUUGGGGAGAUAAAUUUGAACGGUCAAGUUGAUUUUGCGUUGGAUAUAAUGUUUCGAAAUGGAGACCCUCCACAAGUAGAUGGAAGUUCUUGUGGAGUAUUUGUUUGUAUGUUUGCGAGACUAAUGGCAGAGAAUAUCGAGAGAGAUAUAAUCAUGAAGAUCGCAAAAUUCCGAGAAGCUAGUAUUAAAUUUAGGAAAGUUAUCUAUACAGAUCUAUGGGAAUAUGCAAAAGAAAAUAAACAAGUGGAUAUCAAAUUUGAGGUGAAAUAUGACGAAUACAAAUAAUUAUAAUUUUCCGUCAUAAUUUUUUAAUAUUAUUUUUCGAGAUGGCGGUUUAUUAUUAUUGUUCGGGACGAUGUUUGUUCGGGAUGAUGAAUAUAGAUCUUAAAUGGGCAUUGAUAAUAAAUGUUUUUCAAAAUUUUAUUUUCAAUCGGUUUCAUUUUUUAUCAUAUUCAAAAUUAGGAUCAUUCAUAUUCAGAUAUCUUUUUACAAAAGAAUUUUUAUUUUUUAUAUGUAAAUACUUUAUGUGAUAUAUUAUUAAACUUUUGAUAUUAAAUUUUGUAUAAUCGGUUUUAAAUUUUAUAAUAAAG